AUGGUCCGAUUGUCUCUUGCCCGCCGCGCCGGGAGCCAUUUCAGGACUAAAAGUUCCUCUCCCACCCCUUCCGCCGAACGCAGUCCUUCCCUCGCAUCCUCUCGACCUGACGUCAAGCCGUUGAUCCUCAAGGCAACUGUCUUAGCCGGGAGGAAUCUAGCUCCCAAAGAUAAAAAUGGAUUGAGUGAUCCCUACUUGGUUGUAUGUCUGGGCGAUGCCAGACAGUCAACCCCAAUGGUAAACAAAACAUUGAAUCCGGAAUGGAACGUCUCAUUCGACUUGCCCAUCAUCGGUGUACCGCUACUCGAAUGCACUUGCUGGGAUAAAGAUAGAUUUGGCAAGGAUUACAUGGGAGAAUUUGAUAUUGCUCUAGAAGAUAUCUUUUCAGCUGGACAAAUCCAGCCGCAGCCGCAAUGGUAUACGCUGCGCUUCGGGAGGAAAGCGGGGAAAAAGAGAAGCGAUGUGUCUGGCGAAAUCCAGAUGCAAUUUACUCUCAUUGACCCGUCAAACCCGACUGCAACGCCGGAGGGUAUCUAUCAGAAAUUCAAGGCCAUCGUAUCUAGCGACGAUGAGGACGAGGUUGUCGCUGUUUCGGGUGACACGGAUGACUUUGAGAAGGAUGACGAGACUUCAGACGAAAUAGAUGACCCUAUGAAACCUGAAGUGGUCGAGAAGCGCCGCCGAAGGCUGCGAAUUGCCCGCUUGAGACGCAAGUCAAUGGCCGCCAAAGCGUAUGAGUUCUCUGGCUCCAAAGACGGCGUUUCCGGUAUUGUAUUUAUGGAAAUAGUGAAAAUCAUGGAUUUGCCUCCAGAGUCGAAUAUGACACGCACCUCUUUCGACAUGGACCCCUUUGUCGUUACAUCCUUGGGCAAGAAAACACUGAGAACCCGUGUUAUUCGCCACAACCUAAACCCCGUUUUUGAGGAGAAAAUGGUCUUCCAGGUGAUGAAGCAUGAACAGUCAUACUGUAUUUACUUUACGGUCAUUGACUGGGAUAAGCUGUCCGGGAACGACUUUGUUGCAUCCGCAAAUUUCCCUUUACAAACACUUGUAUUAGCCGCACCGGUUGCGGAUCCAGAGACAGGACUCUACAAGCUGCCUGAACCAUCUGAACCUUCGCCUACGCCGCCUGCCUCUAAAUCGCGUUUUCGGUUAAACCUCUCGCGUUCUUCGUCAGCUUCAAGUUUGCAGAAGCUGGCAAAGCCAGUACUGAGAUCCAAAAGCUCAGCGACAUCGCUGUCAAAUCAGUUCCAACAAGAGCAACAAGGCUCUCCUACCCGUAGCAACGUCCCCUCCGAGAACUCUUCCCAGCUUAAUGUUCCAGGCACAGCAAAUUUGGUAGAAGAGCCCGGAGUGCCAGCGGAUGAGUAUGGCCUCAAAACUUAUGUUAUCCCGCUUGUCUUGAAAAAUAAGGAACGGUGGGAGGACAAGCAUUUCCCUGAACUCCAUGUGAAAGCGAAGUAUAUGCCUUAUGCAGCAUUGCGCCAGCAGUUUUGGAGAGCAAUGCUUAAGCAAUAUGACGCUGAUGAUACUGCCCGAAUUAACAAAGUUGAAUUAACCACAAUGCUGGAUACACUAGGUUCGACGCUCAAGGAGUCAACUAUAGACGAGUUUUUCCACCGGUUUGCCGAGGAAAAUGGACCAGGAGAAACUGCAGCCCUCACGUUUGACCAGGCCGUUAUCUGUUUGGAAGACACCCUUCAAUCGCUACAGAGAAAGUCAAUAUCUGACAAACUGAGGCGUCUUGCGCCACGUCAUACGUCUGGAGGAAGCCCAGGAAGUGAGAAUCAUUCGGGUAAUGAAGAUAUUGUACCUGAAAUUAGCCUUUCCCUGCCUUCCAAUGCUGACCCCGAAUGGCCAGUUGUGCCCACUAUUACUCGUCAUGAGCCCUCAUCUUCAGGAGACAGCGAAGACAGUCUCCAUCCGGAUGACCUAGCCGACGACAGAGGUGAGGAACACGUAGUCGAAGUUCGACAAUGCCCUAUUUGUCAUCAGCCGCGACUAGGAAAGAGGUCGGAUGCCGAUAUUAUUACCCAUAUUGCGACUUGCGUCAGCCAGGAUUGGAGACAGGUUGGUAACUUGGUUAUGGGCGGCUUCGUAACUUCUAGUCAGGCGCAGAGGAAAUGGUAUUCCAAGGUUAUUACGAAGAUCUCCUACGGUGGUUAUAAGCUUGGUGCAAACUCUGCCAAUAUCUUGGUUCAAGACCGUAUCACCGGACAGAUUAACGAGGAGAGGAUGAGUGUACAUGUAAGACUUGGUAUCCGAUUGCUGUACAAAGGCUUGAAGAGCAGGGAAAUGGAAACAAAACGAAUUCGCAAAAUGCUCAAGUCGUUGAGUAUCAAACAAGGAAAGAAGUUUGAUGACCCUGCGUCCGCAGCGCAAAUCGUACCAUUUAUCAACUUCCACCAGCUGGACAUGUCCGAAGUGCUACUUCCACUCAGUGAAUUUAAGACAUUCAACGAGUUUUUUUACCGCGCCUUGAAACCAGGUGCUCGUCCAGUCUCUGCGCCUAAUAAUCCUAAAAUCGUCGUAUCGCCGGCCGACUGCCGGUCCGUAGUCUUCGACCGUAUCGACGAAGCAACCAAGAUCUGGGUUAAGGGGAGGGAGUUUUCCGUUGAAAGAUUGUUGGGUAAGGCGUACCCGGAAGAGGCGAAGCGGUACAAGAAUGGCGCAUUGGGGAUCUUCAGGUUGGCUCCGCAGGAUUACCAUCGUUUCCAUUUCCCUGUGGAUGGUGUGAUGGGGACACCCAAGACUAUCGAAGGGGAAUACUAUACUGUUAACCCCAUGGCUAUCCGAUCUGCACUGGACGUGUACGGGGAGAACGUAAGGAUCGUUGUUCCUGUCGAUUCCGUCGAGCAUGGUCGUGUUAUGAUCAUUUGUGUUGGGGCGAUGAUGGUUGGGAGCACUGUUAUUACGCGACAGGCAGGAGAGAAGGUGGCGCGUGGAGAAGAGUUGGGAUAUUUUAAAUUUGGUGGGAGUACUCUGUUGGUUUUGUUUGAGCCGGGGAGGAUGUGCUAUGACUCGGAUCUUGUGGGUAACUCCUUGGGUGCGUUGGAGACUUUGGUUCGUGUUGGCAUGUCGAUUGGUCACCACCCUGACGCCGCGGAAUAUACUCCUGACAUGCGCAAGAGUGAGGAAAAUAUUACUCAACAUGAUCGGGAGGAGGCGAUGCGCAGGAUCGAAGGGAGUUUGAACUCCCCCACUCCCGGACAACUUAUGCGCCCUGUGCCCCUACUUAGCUGA